GUCCAACACGUGUGCCACUGCCACACGGCUUUUUCGUCGGUUUCAGUGCUGAUUCGCGCCACUUCCCCUACCACUCUCGCCAACCAACAACGUCUCAGCUCCUCGUUGCCACACGCACGCGACCGCACACACGCACGCUCACAUCACCAAUACAAAGAUGGCUCUCACCAAGGACGAGUACGACUACCCUUCCAGCGACGAGGCUGAGUACGACUACCCUUCCAGCGAUGAGGGUGACGUCGACGUCCCCGCUGAGAUGACCGUCUUCUUCGGUCGCACCCUCCACGCCAAGGAGGAGGAGCUCGCCGAGGGCAGGAUGGGCGAGACGCUCGUCAUCAAGCAGUUCACAGUCGACUCCAGCUGCAAGGACGACGUUGUCACGGUCCAGGUUGAGCUCCCAGAGCAGGAGGUCAAGUUCCAGGUGUGCCACCUUCGUCCCGGCACUGUCGACCAGUUCAACACAGAGCUUGUGUUCGACGAGCCCGUCUCUUUCUCCCUCGUUCGCGGCAAGGGCCCCGUGCACAUGAUUGGCAACGUGGUCAUCUCCACCGGCCUGAUGGACUAUGACUCUGACGAUGAGGAUCUCGACUCUGACGAGUCGUACGUCGCUUCCGAGGAGGACGAGGAGGAGAGCGAUGAUGAGAACCUGCCCCGCAUUGAGGAUGUGACGGGUAUGGACGAGGAGGAAUCCGAGGAUGAGGAGGAAGAGGCUCCCCAGCUCGUCAAGUCCUCUGGCAAGCGCGGUGCAAGCGCGGGCAAGUCUGCCGCCAAGAAGGCCAAGGCCAUGAUUGAGGAUGACGAGGACGAAGAGGAGGAGGAGGAAGAGGAUGAGGAUGAGGAUGAGGAUGAAGAGGACGAGGACUUUGACCUCGAAGAUGACAACGAGGAUGUGAAGACCAAGGUGAAGCAGGCUGUGACCAAGGCCACCCCACAGAAGAAGCAGAAGCAGAAGGCCAAGUCCGCUGCCACCACCCCGGCCAAGAACAACAAGGCCGCCAAGGCCGUCAAGUCGGCUGCCAACACCCCCGCAGCGAAGAAGGAGGGCUCCAGCCUCUCGGUUAACGACAUGCUGAAGAAGGUGCUGGCGUCGCCCAACAAGCCCAAGAAGCAGAGCAAGUUCAAGAACUUCUGCAAGAACAUGUUCAAGGCGGAGCCCGACGAGGCCACGCUCGAUGAGCUGUGGAAGAAGUACUCUGCCAACAUCAGCAAGUAGACCGGCCUGAUGUGGCGUGUGCUUGUGUUUGUUUGUGUCGCUCUGUGUGCAUGCAGCUCAGCUGUCCACGCUUGCGUUCCAGCUGACAUGCCAUGUAAGCAACAUGACACAAGGCCUCCCUGCUCGCGCGUGCUUGAGUCAAGCUCUUCCUCCAACAUCAAUUACAUGUCACACCACGUGUCCCAGUGUCCCGUCACCCACCCUUUCUUCUCUUGUUGUUGUUGUUGUUGUUGUUGUUGUUGUUGUUGUUGUUGUUGUUGUUGUUGUUGUUGUUGUUGCUGUUGUUGUUGUUGUUGUUGUUCUUCUACUACUACUACUGCUGGCCACAUUCAAUCACUCUCAAUGAAUAAUUUGACCGUC